GACUGUCAUUCCUACCAGAAGCCUAAAACUGCGCCGUCAGGCAUUCCUUACUGGAACAGAAGAACGCAUAAUCACUGAUCAUCGCGUCUGGAAGACUUGCGACUGUCUCCUUAUUAAAGAUGUCUUACAACAAACCUGACCAGCCUCCUCCGUCCUACCCCCCUCCGACCCACGACGCCGGUCCCUACCACCAGGGCGCAUCGCAAGACUACUACCAGCAGGGCGGUUACCCUCAACAAGGCUACAACCAGGGAUAUCCGCCUCAGGGCUAUGGUCCCCCGCCGCAGCAGGGAUACUACGGUUCUCCUCCGCCUCAAGGCCAGCCGAUGUACUAUCCUCCGCCGCAGCAGCAACAAGGUUACUAUGCCGGACAAGACCGGGGCGGAUCCUCGGGAGGUGGUAUCUGCGCGGGUAUAAUGGCUGCAUUGGCUUGCUGUUGCUGCUUGGAUAUCCUGUUCUAAGAUGAGAGGAGUGCUGUCUUCAGUGAUUUCUAACUUCUGUUUGGAUUUGGUGUCUGCGUUUUCUUCUCGUCUAGAUUGGAUGCGAUUGACUACUACUACUGAUACUGUAUUGCUAUUCUUUGGUUGGGCGCAAGGAUUCACGGAGCACGGUUCG